AUGGCCCCCGCUCCGCCCCCCGCCGCCUCCUUCACGCCCGCCGAGGUCCAGCGGCGCCUGGCGGCCGGUGCCUGCUGGGUCCGCCGCGGAGCCCGCCUCUACGACCUCACCGGCUUCGUGCGGCACCAUCCCGGGGGCGAGCAGCUGCUGCGGGCGCGGGCUGGCCAGGACAUCAGUGCCGACCUGGACGGGCCGCCGCACAGACACUCGGACAACGCCCGCAGCUGGCUGGAGCAGUACUUCGUGGGCGAGCUACGAGGGGACCCGCAGGUGUCUGUAGAGAAUGGGGCCAUCACCUCUGCAGAGACUCAGAAGAUAGACCCUGCGAUGGAGCCACGGUUCAAAGUGGUAGACUGGGACAAGGACCUGGUAGACUGGAAGAAGCCUCUCCUGUGGCAGGUGGGCCACUUGGGAGAGAAGUAUGAUGAGUGGGUCCACCAGCCAGUGACCAGGCCCAUUCGCCUCUUCCACUCAGAUCUCAUCGAGGCCUUAUCCAAGACUGUCUGGUACAGUGUCCCCAUCAUCUGGGUACCCCUGAUGCUGUAUCUCAGCCAGUCCUACUACCGAACCCUUGCACAGGGCAACGUCCGUCUCUUCACAUCAUUCACAACAGAGUAUUCUGUGGUGGUGCGGGAGUCCAUGUUCCCUGGCCUCUUCGUGCUGGGGCUCUUGCUCUGGAGCCUCAUCGAGUACCUCAUCCACCGCUUCCUGUUCCACAUGAAGCCCCCCGGCGACAGCUAUUACCUCAUCAUGCUGCACUUCGUCAUGCACGGCCAGCACCACAAGGCACCCUUUGAUGGCUCUCGCCUGGUCUUCCCCCCAGUGCCGGCCUCUCUAGUGAUUGCCUUCUUCUACAUGCUUCUGCGGCUCCUCCUGCCUGAGGCCGUGGGAGGCACUGUGUUUGCUGGAGGCCUCCUGGGCUACGUUGUCUAUGACAUGACCCAUUACUACCUGCACUUCGGCUCACCACACAAGGGCUCCUACCUGUAUAGCAUGAAGGCCCACCACGUCAAGCAUCACUUCGAACACCAGAAGUCAGGGUUCGGCAUCAGCACUAAGUUGUGGGAUCACCUUUUCCAUACUCUCAUCCCGGAGGAACCCCACCCGAAGAUGCAGUGACAACUCCCAGCCCCUCCGUUCUGCCCCCAGCCCAGCCCCCAGCCCCUACCCGCUGCAUACCCUCCACCCUCCAUCCAGACCUGGCUAAGGUUGGCUUGGCCAGGCAGCAUGGGCUUUGCCUAGCCCUGGGGCUUGAUGGAGGAAAUUGAGGAGACCCUGAGGGCAGGACUACCCUUCUGGCUCACCACAGGUGGGUUACAUUAUCUUGCUGGCCAGGUAGCCCUCAGGGACUGGCUCAUUCCCAGAGCAUCCUGGCCUCCUCACUGACAUCCCUGCCUUAUUAAGCCUCAGCCCACAGGACUGCUUCAAGGCCCAGGCAAUAGCCCCAAGGGGCAUGAAGGAAACUGACCCCGUCUGUGCCUUAGCACCCUGGAAGCCACCCGUGUGACAGAGGCACCAACAUCACAUCAGGGGCAGGGUGUGGGAAGCCUGUGGGCCCCGUCUCCCUCUCCUGCUCUUUCUAGAGAGGGUCUUGUGGUUCUGAGGUGAAUGAAGGGCUAUCGUAAGAAGAGACAGCAUGAUGCCUCCCACAGAACACUCCUAGACCUGAGGGCAGCCCCUCUGAGCCCUACAACCCCAGGUGCCAGCUAUACCACCAGCCACCUCAGCUGCAAUACCCCAGCACUCACUCACAGAGCCAGCCCUCACCUGUCUGAGCAGAAGUUGGCUGGCAUCAGCCUCAAGACUGGAAGAAGCCUGAACUCUUGUCUUUGGACAGUAAUAGCUGCUCUGUCCCAUCUCUCCUUUGCCCCAGAACCACAGAACUGCUCUCCAAGGGAGGCCACAGAGGCGUCUGCCUUGGUGGGAGCCUCACUCCAACCCUGGAUAUUUGUGGCCUCCACCUGUACAGGUGGGUCCCUGCCCCUACUCAAGACCCUUCCAGCAGUGCCUCCUGAAACCAAGAAGAGGGCUUCAUGCAGUGCCUUAUCCCCCUCCCCACUUCCCAAGCCCUGCAAGGGAGAUUCCUGCCACUCCUUCUUAUAAUCUAACCCUCACUGCUCCUGAGAGGGUCUUAUUUAUAAAUUAUAUAAACACCAUUGGUCUGCCUCCAGACUAAGUAGCUUGGUCAGACAGUCCUUUCUAAUCUUAUGUGUAGAGCUUAUGCAAAAAAAAAAUCAUUUUGCCAUUUUUGUUCUCUUGUUACCCACAAACCAUUACUACUUGAAACUUGUCAAAAUCCCAGUGGGCGCAAAGGCUAAAGCGACGCGGUGUGACCGAUCCUGUGAUUUGUACUGUUUACUGCAAGGCUAUCUAGAGAUUUUGGGAUAAAUAUACAAAAACUGCAGUUGUGAAAUAAAGAUGUAAAUAAAUUGUAUAUUUUGAAAAAUAAAAUAUUGAAAAGAAA